AAAUAGAGAACGCUCUCCUCACGCUUAUCUUUAUGUGUCUUUUGCUUCUCUAUCCUUCUUUGCUUCCUUGUUGUCUUAUAAGCAACAGAGAUAAGAGAUAUACAGAGAGAGAGGGGGGGAGAGAGAGAGAGGAGAUUUGCUGAGUUGGGUGAUGAUUGUAUUGAGAUGGAGCGCUAUGAAGUGAUCAAAGAUAUUGGCUCUGGGAAUUUUGGAGUGGCUAAAUUGGUCAGGGAUUUAUGGACCAAAGAGCUCUAUGCUGUCAAGUUUAUAGAGAGAGGAGAGAAGAUAGAUGAGCAUGUACAAAGGGAGAUCAUGAACCAUAGAUCGUUGACGCACCCAAAUAUAGUUAGGUUUAAGGAGGUUCUGUUGACCCCUACACAUCUUGCUAUAGUUAUGGAAUAUGCUGCUGGUGGUGAACUUUUUGAGAGGAUUUGCAAUGCUGGGAGAUUUAGUGAAGAUGAGGCGAGGUUCUUCUUCCAACAAUUGAUUUCGGGGGUCAGUUAUUGUCACUCCAUGCAAAUAUGUCAUAGAGAUUUGAAGCUAGAAAAUACCCUCUUGGAUGGAAACACAGCUCCUCGCCUUAAAAUUUGUGAUUUUGGCUAUUCGAAGUCCUCUGUGUUGCAUUCACAGCCAAAGUCAACUGUGGGAACACCGGCUUACAUUGCUCCUGAGGUUUUAUGUAGAAAGGAAUAUGAUGGAAAGAUUGCAGAUGUUUGGUCUUGUGGGGUAACAUUAUAUGUAAUGCUUGUUGGAGCUUACCCCUUUGAAGAUCCAGAUGAUCCAAGAAACUUCAAAAAGACAAUUGGGAGAAUACUUAGUGUUCAAUACUCAAUUCCAGACUAUGUUCGAGUAUCAACAGAAUGUAGACACCUCCUCUCUCGGAUUUUUGUAGCAAACCCAGAAAAGAGGAUAACAAUUCCAGAGAUAAAAACCCACCCUUGGUUCUUAAGAAAUCUGCCAUUAGAGAUGACUGAUGAAUAUCUGAGCACGUUACAGAAUGACACGAGCUCUCCAAUGCAGAGCGUCGAAGAUAUCACUGCCAUAAUCCAAGAAGCGCGGAAGCCAGCGGAGGGGCCUAAUUUAGGGGUGAGACAUCUCUUUGGAGGGAGCACGGAUCUUGAUGACAUGGACGCAGAUAUGGAGGAUCUUGAUGAUAUUGAGUCCAGUGGUGAUUUUGUUUGUGCACUUUGAGCGUGGUUUUUAACUUUUUAAUGUUCAAGAGCGAGUUGCUUGUGAGGAUUUGCUUGCAUGAUGGUGCGGUUCCCUCUGGACCUUGAGGAUAUAUGUUGUGUUAUUUAUAAAUCGGGAAAGGUAAAGGAAUUGCAUCAUGUCUGUGAAAAAAAAAUUGUGUUA